AAGAAGAAAGAAGAAACACACACAAAAAUUAAACCUUUGCAUCAUUUAGAAGAAAAUAUAAAAAUGAGAACUAUGAAAAAGAUCCUUCUUUCACUUAUCAUCAUCUCAUCAAUCAUCACCUUGACGUCUAUGCUUCAGCCACAUACUUUGUCACUGGGUGAGGAAUUCGACGUGCGUGUUAUCAACAGCUUCAGAGACAACUCCUCUCUACCUCUAGUGAUCUGGUGCACCUCGCCACAAGGUGAUCUCGGUGGUCGCGCGCUUCAAGAGGGAGAUGACUUCCGAUGGACGGCCAGGAUCGAGCUGUGGGCGUGGAGGGCAGAGUACACGUGUACAAUGAAGUGGGAGCUGAAGAGGAAGAGGUUCGAGGCGUUUAAGGUUUCUAGAGACAGCAAUAGAUGUGGAAUUACAAAGAAAUGUUCUUGGUCCGUUAGAGAAGAUGGAUUUUAUUUUAGUAGUGACGAGGUUUAUUGGACCAAAGAUUUUUCUUGGUUAUAA